AGAGAUCCAUUGCUCAGAAUCACUUCUCAAAGAAUUAAGUUCAACAUGGCUAUCCGUUUUCAGAGGAUUAUUCAUGCUAAGCAGAUUCUCCGACGCAUUCUUCCUUCUCUAGAGACCACAGAUGUGCCUAAAGGCCACUUUCCUGUCUAUGUUGGAGAAACUCAAAAAAAGAGAUUUGUGAUUCCAAUCUCAUACUUGAAGCAUCCUUCAUUCCAGAAAUUACUAAGCCAGGCUGAAGAAGAGUUUGGGUUUGAUCAUCCACAGGGUGGCCUCACAAUCCCAUGCAGAGAAGAAGUGUUCAUCAAUCUAACUUGCAGCUUGAAUUGCUCAUGAGUAAGGAGGAAAAUCCCACAAUGACUAGCCUGAAGGAUACCAAAUCUCUAACACCAUCGACCAUAAAACCCCAUUCCAGCAAUUUUGAAUUCCAAGAGUUAGGUCUUUUGUAGUGAGAACAAUGUAAAUUUCUUAUAUAUAUCUUUUCUGUAAAACAAGUUGACAGCAAAGUCUAUUCAUCCAAAUUGAUAGCUUUACCUUUUCCUUA